GACCUUGACAACACCGAACCAAUACGUAUUGUUAUUGUUUUCAUUUUAAUUGGUCUUUGUUAUUUUUGUUACAUUACAACUGCAUUGUUUAAAAAAGGUUUAUUUUAUUAUAGUUAUAAAAUCAUUCCUUUUUAUUUUUAUUUUUUUUUAAAUAUACAAAAAAAAAACCAAUACAAUGUCAAAUUAUAAACGUCCAAAUAAUUCAGAUACAAAUGGGUCAGCUAAAAAGACUAGAUUAGAAGAUGAUGAUCCAAUGUCGUCUAUCUUGGGUGAAAUUCAUCAAAGUCAGCAUGGUAACAAAUCAACAGCAGUAAAAUCAACAUUCUCUUUGGAAAGUGUAAUGAAUAAAAUUAUAGAGUUAUCUCAAACUGAUGGGGGUAUUGAUAAGAUCGAGGUAGAGGGUAGAAUAGGUUUAUUUUCAAGUUCGUUUAACUCUGGUAGUACAUUUAAACCAGGUAUGGUUCCAGAGGAUUGGAAAGAGCUCAAUUUAUAUUUAAGAAAUAAAUACGAUCCAAUUUGCACAAGAGAAACCGACUAUAUAUAUAACGAUAAUUUUAGAAUAACUUUUGAUGAAAACACAAAGAAAUGUAUUAGAAAAGAUAGAAAGACCGAUAAGACAAACUUUGACCAAUCUAGCAAUUUAAUUUAUGACUACAGAAUAUCGACAUCAAUUGAAGAGACUUUUCCACCACCACUCAGUUUACCAUCCGAUUAUAUUUCCAGAAGAGAAAAAGAAAGAUUCACAUACAGAGAGGAUUUAUGGAAAGUUGAUCUUACGAUUAUUACCACCAGACAAAACAUUCAGGCACAAAUCGAAUCACUUGCCUAUGAAGUAGAGGUUGAAUUAUACCCAGAUUCCAUUAAAUCAUGUCAAGAAAAAUCUUCAUUAACAAGUUUAUUGAAUAAAUUUAUAGAUGGUAUUAAACAUUAUAUUAAUGUUAUUGGUGGCAGUCAAGAUACAUCAUUUUCAGAUAUUUCAUUAGAUAGAGUUGGUGAAGUAAAGGAAAUUUAUAGAUUAAGAGAUUUAGUAUUUAAAUAUAUGCCACAAAUGCAAAGAAGAACCGAAACCUUCCCUGGUUCAAUGCCAGUAAAUUUUGGUAAAAAGAAUUUUUACUAUGUCCAAUGUAAUAAAUAUUAUGUAAGUGAAAAAACCGAUGGUAUAAGAUAUAUGUUAUUAGUAGAUUCAAGUGGUGUUUAUUUAAUCGAUAGAAAGUUCGAUUUUUAUAAAUUAAACGAUUACGAUAUUAUUAUUGAUAUAUUCCGUAAGGGAACUUUAUUAGAUGGUGAAAUGGUUAGAAAUGUAAAUUCAAAAACUCCAAAUUACUUGGUAUUUGAUGUUUUAUCAAUUAAUGAUCAAAUUUAUUAUGAUAAGUUUUUAGAAGAUAGAUUAAAGGUUAUUGGUAGUGAAGUUGUACUCCCAAUUCGUAAAAAGGUUAAUUCUAGCGACGUGCCAUUUGAAAUUAUGGGCAAAAGUUUCCAACCAAAGAAUAAAAUUCAAGAUGUUUUCAAACAUAUUAAAGAUGAUCACAAUGGUACAAGAACAUUUAUUGAUGGUAGAAGAUGCCAUCACACAGAUGGUAUCAUUUUCACACCAAAUACACCAUACAGACCAUAUACAGAUCCUACACUUUACAAAUGGAAGUAUUGCGACAAGUGGACUAUUGAUUUUAAAGUAAGAGAUCGUGGACAAAAGGGUUGGUUCCUUAGUUGUGUUGCCAACGAUAAUAUAGAGGUAGAUUGUAGAGAAGUCAAUUUUUCAGACGAUGACCUUUCAAAACUUAGAAAAGAAUUCCAAAGAGCUAGAGACCAAUCUACUGUUGUUGCCGAAUGUUCUUUUCAACCAAAAACUGGCACUUGGAAAUUCCAUCAAGUUAGACAUGACAAGAAAAAGGGUAAUUAUAUCUCCAUUGUAAUGGAUACCAUGGAGUCUAUUGCUGAAAAUUUAUCCGGUGAAGAAUUAAAAUAUCGUAUCCCCUUAUCACCACAAGAUGAUAAUUGGGAAGAAGAAAUGCAACGUUUAAGAAGCUCAAUGUUAAACUCAAUUAAACCAUCAACUUCUUCUUCAACAUCAUCUUAUAACCCAUAUUCUCAUAGUUAAAAUUUUAAAACACAUUAUAAUAAUAUAAUUUAAUUCAAAUUAUAAAAAAUAUUAAUAAAUAAUAAAAUUUUAUUUUUUUUAUUUUUUUUUUUUAAGUC